AUGGAGAUUGAUUUGGGAAAACUUCCAUUCGACCUCGAUUUUCAUCCUUCUAAUAACCUCGUUGCCGCAGGUCUCAUCACCGGCCAAUUCCUUCUAUAUCGUUAUGCGGCUGAAUCCACGCCACAGAGGCUGCUGGAAGUGAAUGCUCAUACUGAGUCAUGCAGAGCUCUCCGUUUCGUCAAUGAAGGGCGUGCUGUGGUUACGGGAUCUCCAGAUUGUUCCAUUCUUGCCACAGAUAUUGAAACUGGUACAACAGUUGUACGUCUAGAGAAUUCUCAUGAAGCUGCUGUAAAUAGAAUUGUUAACUUGACAGAAUCUACCAUUGCUUCUGGAGAUGAUGAAGGCUGUAUCAAGGUGUGGGAUACCCGUCAGCGUUCUUGCUGUAACUCUUUCAAUGUUCAUGAAGAAUACAUUUCAGAUAUGACAUUUGCCUCAGAUUCCAUGAAGUUGAUCGGAACAAGUGGGGAUGGUACUCUAUCUGUUUGCAAUUUAAGAAGCAACAAGGUGCAAACACGAUCAGAGUUCUCUGAGGAUGAACUGCUUUCGGUUGUUAUUAUGAAGAAUGGUAGAAAGGUUAUAUGUGGAACGCAGACUGGAACUCUAUUGUUGUACUCGUGGGGAUUUUUUAAAGAUUGCAGUGAUCGUUUUGUUGAUUUCUCUCCUAAUUCAGUUGAUGCCUUGCUAAAGCUGGAUGAAGAUAGAGUGAUCACUGGUUCUGAGAAUGGCAUAAUCAGCUUGGUAGGUAUAUUGCCCAACAGAAUAAUUCAGCCAAUUGCUGAGCAUUCAGAAUAUCCAGUGGAACGUCUUGCUUUUUCUCACGAUAGGAAGUUCCUUGGCAGCAUAUCACAUGAUCAGACAUUGAAGCUAUGGGAUCUAGAGGAGUUGCUUCAAGUGUCUGGAAGUACUAUGUCAAAUCAUUCUGCUUUGUCGGACAGCGACAGUGAUGGGAUGGAUGUUGAUGAUAGUACUACAAAACCUUCUAAAGGGACCAAGAAGAAAAAUACGAGCAAGGGGCAAAACUUUAGCAGUUCAAAUAACUUCUUUGCUGAUCUAGAUUAAAUGGUGGCUACGCACUUGGAUGUAUACAGGCAAGACUGCUGGUUCCAUAAUGCUCCGUUCUGGAAUUAGGGUCAGCUGCAAGUAGGAUGUUUGAAGAAGUCCAAUGUCAACGACAAAUCGCUAUAGGUCUUGCAGCUGAGAAUUACUGGUGAAAAUCGAGAAAUUUUUGGUUUUUUUCCAGUGCCAAUGGCUAAUGUGAUAUAAUGCAUGCCUUUGGAUUUUGUAUUGGGCAUCAAGAUUAAGAUAUCUGUCAUUGAAUUAGUUUGCUACAGAUGGAGUGGUACAUCCAUAAACCUAUAUUAGGGGGAAAAGAAACAACGAAUAAAUUGACUCAUUCUAAUUUUGAAAUCUGCAGAGAUUCCAUUAAGAUCGGAUAGUUGGCAUAGAUAUAGAUUAAUGUUUGAAAAUUGAAUAUUUUAUGUACGUCUGAAUUCUGAUGUAGUGAUCUCCUUUGCUUUUUUUCUUUUG